CCCCGGAGCGCCGCGGGGCCGACACACUUCAGCAGGGCGAGUUCGAGGCGCUCUGGGCGCCCGCGGAGGACGGCUUCCCGCCUUUCGACUGCCGCCGGGGGUAGGAGCCGCCCGAGACCCCGAGCGAGCUGAGCGCACGGGAGCACCGCGCUGGACGCGCGCCUCGGCGCGGAAGAGAGGGAGAAGGUUGGAGCACGUGCUUUUAAAGAUUUCUUUCAGCUCUAAAAGUCUGUGAUGAAAUGAAUCCAUCACAUCUUCAUAAACAUGUUUUGGAUUUCAGUGGCUCCUGAAGACUUUAUCAGAAGAAUAUGGGUUUUGUCACAAGAAGAUGGUUCUGCCUACCACUGGGCUGCAUGAUGCUAAUCAAUCUGAUUAAUGCUGAUUUUGAAUUCCAAAAGGGGGUGCUUGCCAGCAUCAGCCCAGGCAUCACAGAAGAUAUUGAUUUCCAGUGUUGGAAUGCUUGCUCUUUGACCAUGAUAGAUCUCAAGGAACUCAAGAUACAGCACAAUGUGGAUGCUUUCUGGAAUUUCAUGUUGUUCUUGCAAAAAUCUCAGCGGCCCAAACAUUACAAUGUCUUCUUAAGUAUAGCUCAGGAUUUCUGGGACAUGUAUGUAGACUGCUUGCUUUCACGAUCUCAUGGAAUGGGCAGAAGACAGGUGAUGCCUCCCAAGUAUGAUUUUCCACAGAAGAUAACAGGAGGUAAUUUAAAUGUGUACUUAUGAGAACAGCAGUUUAGUGGUCUUAAAAAUUCAAUAUUUAAUCC